CACUCAGAGGACACACACACACACACACACACACACACGGCGGUGUCGAAUGGAAAUGAGCGUCAGGAGCUCCGGCGUUAAAACGAGAAGGGGCUGUUUUAGCUUCUCCGGGGCGCUGUAGGCCUCGUACGCGCCGCAGGUGAGGGAGGUGAUAAUCCCGCGCGUCUGUAGAUGUGGGCGAGAAGGAGAGCGAGAAAGGAGGAGAAACGCAGGAGUGAAUGGGAAGAAAUGACGGGGAGACGCUGCCAGUGCCCGGCGAGGUGUCAGCAGUGAGACUGCCCCAUCCAUCUUAGCACCGCCGGCUGAGAUUUGCCUGCUGAGGACGCCGGGGUGACAUGAAGAAAGCCUUUUCCUCACUUCGGUCCCUCCUGCGGUGUCACUGGGCCAUGGUUCGCAAGAAAGGGACCCUUAUCUUGUGUGGAGCGUUUCUAUUCGUCGCCUGGAAUGCCCUUCUCCUUCUCUUUCUCUGGGGAAGGCCGCCCAUCGGUCGACUUGGAGAGGGAGGUGGAGCCGAACCGGGUGCAGGAGAGGAUUGGGCAGCUGGUAAAGGGAAAAGGGGCGGAGCUAGCGGAUUGGCCGGAGAAGUGAUCCGAUUGGCCGAAGAGGUGGAAUCAGAAUUGGAGACUCAGAAAAAGCUCCUGAAACAGAUACAGAGUCACAGAUCGAUAUGGGAACUGCGUAAAGAUGUGGGGAAAAUCGAGACGGAAGACAUAAAAGACAAGAAAGACGAACUCAAAGAACCUCAGCAGGUGCCCCAGUUACCCGUCUUGGAUGAAAACAAAGCUCUUCCGAAAAAAGUACCAGCUCCCGUCGUCACAUCCCCUCCACCAGACACAAAGCAGGACAAGAUAUUAAACGAUGAGAAACAGUCCUCUGAAAAUAAAGUGGGUCUCACUGACUCCAGUCCUCAAACUGUCAUCCCAAUAUUGGUCAUAGCUUGUGACAGAGUCACAGUGAAAAGGAGUUUGGAUAAACUGAUACAGUACCGGCCUUCAGUGGAGCUCCAUCCCAUCAUCGUCAGCCAGGACUGCGGUCAUGCGGACACAGCCCGGGUCAUUGGCUCCUAUGGCAGUCAGGUGACCCACAUUAGCCAACCAGAUCUCGCAGACAUUCCAGUGAGGCCAGAUCACAGGAAGUUCCAGGGCUACUACAAGAUCGCUAGACACUACAGAUGGGCCCUGAACCAGGUGUUCAACACCUUCAGUUACUCCACUGUGGUCAUUGUAGAGGAUGACUUGGAGGUGGCACCAGACUUUUUUGAGUAUUUCCGUGCUCUGUACCCAAUCCUUCGCUCCGACCCCACUCUGUGGUGCAUUUCAGCCUGGAACGAUAAUGGACGGGAUGGCCUGGUGGACCCGGGUAAGGCUGACCUUCUCUACCGGACAGACUUCUUUCCUGGGCUGGGCUGGAUGCUGCUGAAGGAGGUGUGGGCAGAGCUGGAGCCCAAAUGGCCCAAAGCCUUUUGGGAUGACUGGAUGCGUCACCCGGAGCAGAGGAAAGACCGUUCUUGCAUUCGGCCAGAGAUCUCCAGGACUAUAACGUUUGGCCGAAAAGGAGUCAGUUUGGGUCAAUUUUUUGACCAGUAUCUGCGCUACAUUAAACUCAACACUGAAUUUGUGCCUUUCACUAAACAGGAUUUGUCUUAUUUGGUCAGGGAGCGCUAUGAUGAAACCUUCGUUAAGGAGGUGUACAGCGCCCCCUUGGUGAAGGUGGAGGAUUUACAGCAAGGUGGUAGUUUGAAGGGCGCUGGCCCGUUCAGGGUGCAGUAUUCUAGCAGAGACAGCUUCAAAGUACUGGCCCGCAAUUUGGGAGUGAUGGACGACUUGAAGUCAGGGGUUCCCCGCGCUGGCUACAGAGGAGUGGUCAGUUUUCUCUCACGUGGACGAAGAAUUUAUCUGGCACCCCCCGAGGGCUGGACAAAAUAUGACACCAGCUGGAGUUGAAAGGGCAGAUUAUUAGGCACGGACCACAGAAUGACAAAACUCAGAAUUAUGACAACCAUGCAGGAAGAGAGGAACGCCCUCUCAAACCAAAGAAAACAGGCAGGGUGCGAAAGGUUAUAAGCUGAAGGCUAAUGCAUGGUUAAAAGACAUGGGAUGAAGGUCAAAGUACAGUGAUUUUGUUGAGCAAGGCGACUUUAUUCUCUGAGGGUAAUGGAGGAUGGAACACCCUGUCACACUGGGAACUACACAAAAGUUGGUAUCUUGUGCAGUCAUACUCAGAGAAGACCUUAGCAAAGUCCUGCUGUUUCUAAUGGUGGAGAUGCUGUUCUUCUCAGGAUAAACACAUAGUUGUUGCUCAAUUAGAAGCGAUAGUUCAGUGAAAAAUGCUAAUUUACAGAGUUUCCCCCUUAUGUACAAGAGACCGUUCAAGACAUUGUCUGAUGUCUGAAGUUUGCUUCUUUAGUUUUGCACUGGAGCUCAUAUAGCUGACAAAUAAUGGAAGCUUAUACACCACAGGUUAGCAUUCUGCUAACUACAGUUGCCUCAAACCACACUGAGUUGUUUAGUAAUCUCAAGUAGACUUUGCUGAAGUGGUUUUUGACACCGUUCGACAUACUGUUAUCCGUGCAAAUGGACAAAAGUAUGACCACAAAGAUAGCUGCUAGUGUUUUUAGCUGUGAGUGAUGUGUGUUUAUAAUAGAUAAAUGUGUCCUAUAGGGGCAGAAACCUCUUACGCAAGUCUAUUUGAAAUGACUUUAUGGCUGGACCCAACUAUUCGGAUUUUCAUUUGUUGGUAAGUAUUUGUUUUUCAAAGUUGGGAUUUGGAAAUUCAGGGUUGUUUUUUGACUAAAUGUAAGGUAUCAAUAAAGGCAAGCUGCAAAAUACUGACGUUCAGGAGAAACUUGAGACGACUCAAGGUCAUGGUCCAUCCCAGCAAACGCAGUCAUGUUGUGACAACCUAUUGCUUUGGUGCUCACAGCGUUGAAAUGUAAUUCCUCAGAAAGUUGUGAGGUUAUCUGACCGCACGUUGUCACAACCUCCUAGAAUCCUUCAUUAGAUCCAUUGUGUUGUGAAUUUUGCUUAUUUGCUAACAGGUCCUCAUAAUACUGUUUGAAAACGUUACUGAAUAGUGAGGUUGUGACAACGUUGCCCAGACAACGUAAACAGUCGUUGUAGCAGUGUUGUAAGAAAGUCGACAGUGUUGUGAUAGUAUUGUGUGUUUGCCGGGAUAAUGCGGCGCAUUUCAUUUGCUGAAAACGGCGCCAAACACAACAAGAAGAAGCACAGCCUCUUCAGCACUAACAGCUAAAAACACAACCCACUGCUCUGCUCCUGAAAACCCACCGUUCUACCCACAUUCAGGCUCAUCAUAAAGUCCCUGUACAAAUGAACCUAAAACAGCCCAGCAUAAACAAUUUAUCUCUUACAAAAUUAACAAUUUACAACAUGCUGUCGUGACGACACCGUACAUUUUUGUGCUAUUUUUAUACCUUUUAAUUGCACUAUUGAAAUGUGGAAACAUUUACCAUUUCAGCUUGGGGCGCUUGACAUCACUCACAGCCGUGAACAUCACACUAACGCGGUGCUGCACCGCAUGUGUUCCCAGGGCGGCUUUAAAAAGUGCCCUGCUUUUCUGGGCCCUUACUAGUGAUGUGAUGCCCUUCAAACCUCGAGUUAGACUUCUGUGAAGCUCUGUGGGGGCGUAUUUUUUGAACGACUUUCUCUGCCCCACUGAAACCCACCCAAAUACAUGAAAACCCACUAAAAAGUACAGAAACACUCUGGGGUCAUUUUAACCAUAAUACGGAACAAUACAGCAUUUAAAAAGCAGCAGAUAAGUUUCUGGGUACACUAACUGCUGCUGUCUUCAAAAAUUAGCAGCUAGAUAUUGAAGUCGUCGCUAGAUGUUUCUGUUGGUCACCGAUAUGAAAAUCCAAAAGGUUUUCACGCUUGUUUUAGAAUCUUUCAUAAACGACGAAGAAACUAUAAAUAAUUUCCAAAAAGUAAUGAUAUGUGUUUUAUGUUAUUUCCAUACCUUGAAGAGCUCAGCCAAACUUGUUAACUUUUUCAGAGUCUUGCCCUUUUUAAUGCAUCAGAAAGGCAAACGAACAGCAGUUUUCUUGCAGGCGUAACUAUUGCUCAUACACCUUUUUGAAGCCUGCUUAUAUUUUAUAGGCUCUGCAGAUCACUGGAUGCUCCACUUUCCAACAAUAGCAGAACUGUGUGCAUCAGUAAAUGUAAGCUGGACAAACCGCUGCUCACCUAAUUACAUCAUUGAUUAACUGGGUACGUUAAUCACUGGUGUCAACUGUGCACGAUGCAGAUGGGCCAGGCAAAGGACUCCUCUCAACAGGAGUGAGUAAAAUUGAUGUCAGUCAAAGUUCUGAUUGGACGUGGGGAGUCGGGCCUAUUCAGGUUUAAACUGUAUUAUUAAGUACAGUUUAUUCAUUCAAACUUUCUUCUUAAAAACCUGGCAAAAUAACGACAAACCAGCCCAUAUUUUGCCUCACCGCGAAAACACAUCAAAAGGAAUUUGGCUGAAAAGUUCUGCCCAGUUUGGUAGGAAACCGCCCCAUCUGGCAACCCUGCACAUCUGAGCUGAUCAGCUACAUGUAGGCUAAGAGGGGGAACUGUAGAUUGGUGUUUUGCUGAACUGUCCCCUGAAAAAGUGUCAACUUCUGUUAUUCCCAGUGUCAAACUCAGUGCAUUGAAGGGUUAGCUUGGCGUUGUCAUUACUUGUAUUGGAAGUUCUCUGAGUGGCUGAGAGGCUGUUUUUUUUUUUUUCUGUGAGUUACUGACAUUUUUCUGAACGAAGUUAAUGACAUUACAAAUGAAUUACAAUGGUCAUAAUUGUUGUCCAGUUUAAUUGAUGCAUUCAAACAAAAGAGUUUUGAAGUAGCACUAUUUUGAUGAAGUGAUGGAGUUUUGUGCCAGGAAUGAUUAGCCUACAAGAUUCAUGCAUAUGAAGCACCAAAACUCAUGAUAGACAGAUUCUGUGAUUUUAAUUUUUUUUUUUAUCCUAAUUUUUUUGGAAGUAAUGUACUUGAACCCUUUGUCGUUCUCCUUAAUUCAGGAGAGAUUUCAUUACAUUUCAAAGAUGUCCCAAAUGUUAGGUUUGUUGCAAAACCAAUGACCAUAGAUUUUGCUCUGUAUGUUCUUUUGAAUGCAUUCGUUUAAGCAGGAGGGAUGAGAGGAACCGUUCUAAUAUAAUUUAAAUGUACUGUAUUGGGAUGUUUGCGAGAGUUUGUUCAAAUGUCUGUAUGAAGUAUAAAACCACUGCCUGAUGUGUUGUUUAUAAAUUUAAUACAUUGAGAAUAAAUGACUAUUUUGAUAUGCCAGUA